AGGAGCUGCGCCCUGGUUCUGGUGCUGGUGGCGGUGCUGGGAGCCCGGCCCGAAGCCGCACGGAGCGUCCCCAGACAGCGGCGAUACGAGCACAGCCCAGGUGCCAGCAGCUCAUGGUGGGAUGUGGAGCACGAAGAACAGCAGCGCAGUCAAAGCACCCUGCCCAGGGCUGUGGGCCCACACAGACCCAGCCCCCAGCUCCAUCCCAAUGCCAGCAGAGGUUCCCUAAGUCACAACCAGGACUGGGAGUUGCAGGAGAAGCAGUUUUCCUGUGACGUGCUCCUCAAACUCUCCAGAUAUAUUUCAGUGGAUGCCUUUGGACCUGGUUUGGCCUGGAACCUCUUUAGAUUGUACGACUGUGACCGAGAUACCAAACUACCCAAAAUGUCCAUCAGAGCCUUCAAGAUGGUUCAGCACAAGCUGAGGCCUUUCUUGCUGCACAGGAUGCUGCGACUGCUGGGGAACAUGGGUGUGCUCACUGAGGGCCAGCAGCACAAAGUCUUCGCUCUGCUUAAGCAGCACAUGCUGAAAGCAAGGAAGAUACCACCGAAGCCCAAAGCGGAGCACAGUGGUAGGUACUCACAGAGGUGUGCUUUGAUCCUGGGUUGCACUGAGUGAGGUGGGACUGCUUUGGUUUUCAGGCCCCAGUGCCUGGCUGAGCUAUGGCUCAUAGAGAUCCCAGAGAGGUGGUGGGUGCCCCAUCCCUGCAGACACUGCAGGUCAGGCUGGAUGGGCUCUGAGCACCUGAUCAGCUGUAGGUGUCCCUGUUCAGUGCAGGGCAGUUGGACCAGAUGGCUUUGAAGGUUCCCUUUCAACUCAAAUGAUUCUGAUUCUGUGGCCGGGGGCUGAAGGCGCUCCAGCAGUGAGGUAUUAGGAGGGCAAUGUGCCGUGGGUCAGUUGUGAGCCGUGUUAGUGCUGUCACUGAGCGAAUGGAGCAUGAAAAAAUAAUAACCCAAAUGAACACAGAGGAUGGAAAAGCACAGAGGAUGGAGGGUGUGCAACGAGGAAGAGGCGCAGGGAAAAUGUAUUGAAGAAACUUUGGUGAUUUAACGAGGGGGGGCUGCGGGAGAUGCCCGAGUCACGGCUCUGAGCGGCAUUGAGAGCUGUGCAAUGGUGUCUCCUACCGGCCGGUGGCGGAGUAGAACGGAGGGGGAACGUGGGAGCGGGCGUUACCGAUGGGAUGCUGACUCCUUCUUCUUCCUUUCCUCGGGUGGCAAUAAGGAAACAGGAUAGCGGUCAGCCAGGGAGUGUGCCCUGGAAACGGGCUGUUAGGAACCACCCUGUGAGAUCGGGUUUAUUUGUCUGUUUUCAAGGAAGAUGGACGGUAGGAUGUAGGCUGUCGUGGUUUCCCAUGGCAGGAAAAAGGAAAGGGUUGUAGCUCGCAGGCACCGAUGUGCAGAAUGUGUGUGCUUUGCUGGAAGUGAAGCGGCGCUCUUCAAAGAAAUGAGGUGAUCCUCAUGAUCUGCUCUGUAAUCUCAACCAGUGGAAGCUUAAUAUAGGAGAAAAUAGGCAGCUCGCCUCCAAGGAGGGUUCUUUGCCUUGGAAAAGGCUCCCAAAGGUGCAUUGCUGUGGGUUCUGAGGCUGCAGGGGAAAUGGCUGUGAAGGAUUCAAACCCUGUCCAAAUUUAGGGUUCUUUUUCCAAAGAAGGCCCAUAGGAACCACAGUCACCUUUGGCUUUGCUGACAGCUUCACUGAGCCCACAUGGAGCUGUGGACUGACUGAAGUCUGUUUAUUUCUGCUAUCACUGCGUUGGUUGGGUUAAUCGUUGCCAUCUUGUAUUUAGGUCGCAAGUAAGUCCAUAGAAUCUUAUACAGAGUCCAUGUUUUAAAUACAAAUCUAUGAGGCUUCAAGGGACCCGAGAAGCAUAAAAUGAAGGUUUGGGUUCCCUUCCAGCUCAGCUCAUAGAACCAAAGGGUUCAGGGUAAUUGGAGACGACACGCUCCUGUUUGUCUCGUCCUGCCUGCAGCUCCCACCAGCAGAUCCACCUAUCUGCCAAAACCACAAACCCAGGCUGCCCUACCUCACGUCCGUACAUGUCGCGUUCAGAUAAGAACGAGGCACAGCACUGACUAAUGCUGCUUCCCUUAUGGAAGGAAAAUGCCAAAAGCUGUUUGAGACAGGAAUAGAAGCGCCAGCAUUGCACGAUCAGUGAACAGCCAGCAGCAAAGGUGGCAGCUCGAGCCUCCCCCAGUGUAUUCCCCUAUGCUGGGGCAUCCAGAGCAGGGUGUAGGGGAGCAUCUUCUAUUCUGCCCACUGUUACUAAUGUACCUGUGGCCUCUUUUUGCCCUGUGUCAGAAGGAAGCCUCAGCUGGAGUCGAUUUCACUGGUGACAGAUUGAAGCGGUUUGACCAGAUGAUGGCACACAACUGUCACUGAGAACACAGCACCUGUGGCUUCACUCUGCUUUGGCUGUAUGUGGGAGCACUGCUGCCUUCUGGCUUGGCCUUGAUGCAGAGCCAGGGAUGAGGGAUGGGAAGGAGUGACUGCAGUAAGUGGUGUCCCCAGGAAGCUCUGUUCUGCUGUGUUUUACAGCCUGGGGAGAAGGUGAUCAUCUGGCUUAUGGAAAAUACAAGUGGUGGUGGCACUGCCAUGUGCACCGAGGCUGGGCAGGUGUCUGCAAGAGCGAAGAGUGUGGUGUAUGCCAGAGGGGGUAAAUGCAUGUGGAUUUCUUUGAGGUACCUUCUAAAGGGAAAGUCUUUGGCUGUGUGUUCAGGUUAGCCAGGUGACAUGAGGUGAGGUGACAGACACCUCUCUGUUCACCCACUGUCACGGGGGAUAUUUGCGUUCUGAUGUUCCCUAUAGGAAUGCUGUAGGACAGGGCACCCCAUGGGAGCACGCACUGUGCCUGGGAACCCAAGGCGAGCCCCAAACCCCACAAUGUACCUGGGUCUUCUGAGUCCCCAGGGUAACCCCCUGGGAUGCCGGGGACAGCCCCAGAGGCUCAGGGCCUGCCAGGGGGGGCUCUCCCCAGCCCCAGCAUCUGGACGCCGGCCGCGGAUGUCAGUCCGGGCUGGAGGGAUCGUUCCCGUCUGGGAGGAGCCAGCAGCAGCCGGAGCUGCUGUAAACAGUGCGGGCACCGCCGGCGGCUGGAAGAUGGAUAUAAAUAGGGAGGCAGAGGGGAGGCAGCCGGAGUGGAGGAGCGGGAGCUGCCUGCGCCUGCCUGCCCCUACCUCUGCCCCUACCUCUGCCCCUACCUCUGCCUCUGUCCGUGCCCAGCAGCCGUGUCGGGAGCUCCCGGGAGGCGGCCGACAAAGUUUGCGGCCCCGCGCUGCCGGCGUUGGGUAUCCAAGGUGUCUACGCAGAGAAAUCGUGAAGAAUGGCUCUACCUACCUCCAAGUAUCUGGCUGAAGGCCUCGUUUUUUUUCUGUAUGUAGUCUCUUCUGUAAGCACAGAAGCAGUUGUGGCAUGUCCUGACAAGGAUCCUGAGCUAGAAAUCUGGAACCCAGGUCACAACCAAGAUAACCACAUCGAAAUCCGCAAUGGCAGGAAGCUCCUUCUCUCGUCUUCAGCAACUGUCCACUCAAUCCACAUCAUGGAUGGAGGAAAACUGAUCAUUAAAGACGACGUACAGCCUAUCGUUUUGCGUACUAGAUAUAUUCUCAUUGAAAAUGACGGAGAGUUGCGGAUCGGCAGCGAGAUGUGCCCUUACCAAGGCAAUGUGGUUAUCAUCUUAUAUGGGAGAGCGGAUGAUGGGAGCGAGCCCAACCCCUACUUUGGGCGGAAGUAUAUUGGAGUGAGUGAGGGUGGCACCCUUGAAAUCCAUGGCAAGAAAAAGCUGUCCUGGACUUUCUUAAACAAGACUCUUCAUCCUGGUGGCAUGGAAGAAGGCGGAUAUUACUUUGAAAGGAGCUGGGGCCAUCGGGGUGUCAUUGUCCAUGUGAUUGACCCAAAGAUGGGGGCAGUUGUCCAUUCAGACCGGUUUGAUACCUACCGAGCCAAAGAGGAAAGCAAACGUCUUGCCCAGUAUUUGGACAGAGUUGCGAAUGGCAUGAUCCUGUCAGUAGCAGUGAAUGAUGAGGGAUCUAGAAACUUGGACGAUUCAGCCAGGAAAGCAAUGACCAAACUGGGCAGCAAGCAUUUCCUCCACCUUGGGUUUAGGCAUCCGUGGAGUUUUAUUACCGUUAAAGGAAAUCCCUCCUCUUCUGUUGAAGACCACAUUGAAUAUCAAGGUCACAAAGGGUCAGCUGUGGCGAAAGUAUUCAAACUAUUCAAAGCUGAGAACGGAGAACUCUUUAAUGUCUCUUCGACUAGUGAGUGGGUUCAAGAUGUAGAAUGGACAGAGUGGUUUGAGAAGCCCGAGAAAGCAAGAUCUAAAGACAUGGAGAAGCUUUCUGACUUCAAAGCUGCUCACCCUGAUAAAAUCUGUAGGCAGCCCAUUGACAUCCAGGCAGAGACCCUCGAUGGAACCAUUUUAACCACUGAGGUUUUCUACAAGAAUGGCUACGACUAUCGGUUUCUGUGCCAUGGCAAGGACCAGUCAGGUGAAGGUUGCCAGAACUACAGAGUGCGAUUCCUGUGUGGCAGCUCUGUGAAACCAAAGCUUACGGUAACCAUUGACACCAAUGUGAACAGCACGGUGCUGAAUCUGGUGGAUGAUGUGAGCUCAUGGGAGCCUGGAGACAAGAUUGUGGUGGCAAGCACUGACUACUCCAUGUACCAGGCGGAGGAGUUCCAAGUUCUGCCAUGCCCAUCUUGCAGACCCACCCAGGUCAAGGUUGCAGGGAAAGCAGCAUACCUCCACGUUGGCGAAGUCAUUGAUGGUGUCGACAUGCGGGCAGAAGUGGGGCUGCUGAGCCGGAACGUUGUGAUCAUGGGAGAGAUGGAGAGGCAGUGCUAUGAGUACAGCAGCAAGUUGUGCUCCUUCUUUGAUUUCGACACCUUUGGGGGACACAUCAAGAUCGGUCUUGAUUUUAAGGCUACCCAUCUUGAAGGUCUAGAACUGAAAUAUAUGGGCCAGCAGACAAUGGGACAUUACCCGAUUCACUUCCACAUGGCUGGAGAUGUGGAUGAGAAAGGAGGCUACAACCCUCCGACGUAUGUGAAGGAUGUCUCCAUCCACCAUACCUUCUCCCGCUGUGUCACAAUCCACGGAUCCAAUGGUUUGCUGGUGAAGGACGUUGUGGGUUAUGAUGCACUGGGCCAUUGUUUCUUUACCGAGGAUGGACCAGAAGAGCGCAACACGUUUGAUCACUGCCUUGGACUGCUUGUUAAACCCAGCACUCUGCUCCCUUCUGACCGAGACAGCAGGAUGUGCAAGCUGAUCACAGAGGGUGCUUAUCCGGGGUACAUCCCUAAACCCAGACAAGACUGUAGUGCCGUAUCCACCUUUUGGAUAGCGAACCCACACAACAACCUUAUAAACUGUGCAGCUGCGGGGUCUGAAGAAACAGGCUUUUGGUUUGUUCUGCACCACGUGCCAACGGGGCCCUCGGCGGGCAUGUAUUCCCCCGGCUACUCGGAGCACAUGCCGAUGGGGAAGUUUUCCAACAACCGUGCGCAUUCCAACUACCGAGCUGGAAUGAUCAUCGAUAACGGUGUUAAAACCACUCCUGCCUCAGCCAAGGACAAAAGGCCCAUUCUGACACUGAUUUCUGGGAGAUACAGCCCACACAAAGACGCUGAUCCUUUGAAGCCCAGGGAACCUGCAAUAAUUGAGCGCUUUAUUGCCUACAAGAACCAGGAUCACGGGGCCUGGCUGCGGGGCGGAGAUGUGUGGCUGGACAACUGCCAGUUUGCAGACAACGGCAUUGGGCUGACGCUGGCAAGUGGUGGGACCUUCCCUCACGAUGAUGGGUCAAAGCAAGAAAUCAAGAACAGCUUGUUUGUUGGUGAGAGUGGAAACCUGGGCACCGAAACAAUGGACAAUGAGAUCUGGGGACCUGGCGGCCUGGAUCACAGAGGCAGGACUCUGCCCAUCGGCCCGAAUUUUCCCAUUCGAGGGAUUCAGUUCUAUGACGGCCCAAUCAAUGUCCAGAACUGCACCUUCCGCAAGUUUGCUGCCCUGGAUGGCCGGCACACAAGUGCCUUGGCUUUCAGGCUCAACAACGCCUGGCAGAGCUGCCCCAACAACAACGUCACUGACAUUCACUUUGAAGACGUUCCUAUUACCUCAAGGGUCUUCUUUGGAGAACCCGGACCCUGGUUCAAUGAUCUGGAUAUGGAUGGUGAUAAAACAUCUGUUUUUCAUGAUGUGGAUGGUUCUGUGUCUGAAUAUCCAGGCUCAUACCUGAUAAAAGAAGAUAAUUGGUUAAUCAAACACCCAGAUUGCAUUGAUGUGCCUGACUGGAGAGGUUCUAUCUGCAGUGGACACUAUGCGCAGAUGUACAUCCAAGCCUACAAGCCAGCCAACCUCAGAAUGAAAAUCAUCAAAAAUGACUACCACAAUCACCCACUCUACCUGGAAGGGGCUUUGAGUAAAAGCACUCAUUACCAGCAGUAUCAGCCCGUUAUAACUCUGAGGAAAGGCUACACCAUUCACUGGGACAAGACAGCCCCUGAAGAGCUGACCAUAUGGCUCAUCAACUUCAACAAGAACGACUGGAUCCAAGUAGGGUUUUGUUAUCCUAAAGGGACGACAUUUUCCAUUCUCUCAGACAUCCACAAUCGUCUCUUGAAGAAAACAAUCAAAACUGGAACCUUCUAUAGAGUAUCUCAAAUGGAGAAGCUGGAGUACAGAUAUCCUAGCAAAGGAUACUACUACUGGGAUGAGGACACUGGGCUGCUGUUUCUGAAACUUAAAGCUCAAAAUGAGAAGGAGAAAUUUGCUUUCUGCUCUGUCAAAGGCUGUGAACGAAUAAGGAUCAAAGCUAUAAUUCCAAAGACUGCUGGUGUCAGUGACUGUCAAGCCAUGGCUUAUCCCAAGUACAUCGAGACGCCUGUAGUAGAAGUGCCAAUGCCUAAGAAGCUAUCUAGUGCACAGCUGAAAACGAAGGACCACCUACUAGAAGUGAAAAUAGAAACUUAUAAGAAACAGUACUUCCACCUAAAGGAUGACUAUGCAUACAUAGAGGUUGAUGGUGUAAGGUAUUUCCUCACAGAAGAGGGUAUUCAGCUGAUAGUGAUUGAUGGACAUCAUGGGAAAGUAGUUGAUCGAGUAACGUUCAGAAACUCAAUUCUACAAGGAAUCCCAGCACAGAUAGAAAAUUAUGUCAACAACAUCAAAACUCACUCUAUAGUGCUGGUGACAUCUAAAGGAAGAUUCAUUUCAAGAGGACCGUGGACUAAAGUACUGGAGAAACUUGGAGCAGAACAAGGUUUUAGUUUAAAAGAAAAAAUGGCUUUUGUUGGAUUCAAAGGCAGCUUCCGUCCCGUCUGGGUGAAGCUGGUCACUAAUGAGGACUCAGCUAAAAUCUACCAAGCACUGCCAAUUCCUGUGGUGAAGAAAAUGAAGUUAUGAGGACACAAAGCUCUGCCUUCUGGCUGCCAGCACUGCCCCACUGGGAUGGACUACUGACUGUUCGUGACAGGCACAUUACAGUGUGCUCCAGAAGUGUAGCAUUUUGUUGUUGUUGUCGUUCAAAAAAGAAAUCUUACUGUAAGUAGCUAAAGCAAGUGGCCACAUGUGAUGGAAACGCAUUCCUCUGUGAUCAGCGUGUGUUCUGUGAUCGUCGGCACUUUGCCAGUUGACUCCCAUUGAUGUUGACACUCGUGUCACUAAGCAAGGUUUGACCUGAUCUGCAAGCUGCUGGUUAUAUCAGCACGCCUAUGGCGUGUUGUCUCUGGAAAGGUGAGCUCUAGGGCUAAAGGCCACUGAAGAUCGUUGUUUGUACCUCUAACUUGUCCAAACACUUUUCUUUCCCCCUGGAGUAACCGGUCAACUCAAAGCCUAGAUGAAAAUCUAAGGUAGAAAGUGUAAAUUUGAAUGACUACUUUGAUGCUAGGAAAUAUAACUGGACAAUAAGACUUUACCUUAAAUUUUCUGUCACAACUGAUGAAACUCUUUGUUCUACAGACAUGGCACAUAGCUGGGGAAGAAAAGGGAGAGGAGCAAAGCAAGCGUACAGGAAGAGACUGAUGCAACUACAUCUUUCUGCUUGCUCAGAAAACUCUGAUUCUCCUGUAGCUUCAGGUCUUUUAACAGUGGUUUCUCAAAUGGGAGGUUUUCCUUGAACAUGCAGCCAUAGUCUAGAAGGAAAGACCUCUCUUUUCAGUUCUCAGCUGGGAAUACUGAGACUCAUGUUUCUCAGCCACAAAAUGGGUUGAGCAGCAGUUACCUUUCCAGAUUGGGUUAGUCUGUUGAGUAUUGCUUUCCAGCCAAGUCCUUGGCCUUUGGGCCAUGAGUAUCCUGACCUCCUGGAAGAGUUAUGUGAAAUCUGAGUGGAAGGUGGCAGAGGUAGAAGUCUUUGAGGUCUUACCAGAUAGCUGAAGAAUUAGACAGGGAAUUCCAUAUGUUGUGUACCUGCUUCCCCCUUCCUUCAAAUCAUUAGGCUGGUAAUGAAGGCAGAUCAGCGAGAGUCAGGACUCCUGCACAGACAUCUCCUGAAGAUGGGAAAUUAAAUUAAUUAAGCGUUGUCUUGUAGAAUAUUUUAAGCACUUCUGAUGUUUAAUGAUGUUUGUUUGUUGCUCAGAAAUGCCAUGAAGGCAUAUGCAGAGGCUGUGGAUGGGCAAGUUAAGUUAGUUAGGUGCUGGUGAUGGGCUUUUUUUCCCCCAGUAUAUUACAAUGGUUUGGGGAAUUUCACCCUCAAAGCACAAACUCUUCCUUGAAAAGGUCCCUUUAUAGUUCAGCCAUGGUGAGCCAAACCUCACUUACCUGACAUUCUCUGAUAGCUGAAACAGAGUCAGAUCCCUGAAGUCGAGAAAUACACUGAAAAAAGUCACUGAGUGCAUCAGGCUGGUUUAUCUUCGUUCCUAUAAUCGCACCUGUACCAGUGGAGUAAACGUGUUUCCAUGAGAUGGACCAAAGCGUGAGCAUUUCUUUCAUGAGCACUUGACAUGGGCAGGAUGGCAACGUUCAGAAUGUACCUGGUUUGGAAUCCGGUUUUCCACACCCCACUCUGUGAAGCACUGCUUCCCUGGGUUUCUCUAUGUGUGCAAAUGCCCAAAGGACCGUGCCCUAGGCUGGUUUCCUCAGCUACUAUGAGAGUGCUGCAUUUGUACCGGAGUCGUAGCUUCUGAUUUUACAAUUUUUGGAAUUCUCAGGGUGAAAUCACAAGACUUGGCUCUAGGAAAACUUCUAAGAAAAUCUCGUCUUAUUAAGAGAAGAACACUUGCAAGUAGCUCAUGCUGCCAUGCAAAGCUUGUGACAUGGGGCCUGUUUGGAGCUAGGGCUGGGUCUCAUGCUGUGAAUACUUACUUAGGACAGGAUCACUGCAGUCUGUAAGCCUGAGGGAUAAUGGAGCAUCAUAGCAGAGUACCGGGGCAGACACUCCCAUGAGAUGCAAAGGGCUCCCACCAAUGUGAAUCGGAUGGAGUCAGUGAGUUACUCUGAAGUCACAGCUUAGCCUGAUGCCAUCACCGGUCAGCAAUAGUUCUGUGCCAUAUGAUUCCUUUUUAACCUUCGACUGUUGUAGAAACUGCACGUGCACAUUUUGACUAGUGAAUUAACUGGCUGCUUGUACUUUGUACAUCCUUUUAACAGAUGCUGCACCAGCUGCAAUGAUCCUCUUUAUAAGGUUUUAUUACUGCAAACGUUCCCAUCUCUGCCUACCCAGCUGCCAUUGUCAGAGUGGUUUUUUGAUUGAGUUUUGUUUGUUCAGAUGUUUGUUAGUUUGUUUGGAUGUUUGGGGUUCUUUUUGUUUUUGCCUUCUGUUCAGAUGCUUGUUUUACCUGUCGCCGAAAUAGCUGGUCCUUUUUCGGGUUAGAUGUAUAGUGUUUUGUACAUUUUCUUAGAGACUUUCCAAUGAAAAAGAUAUAUUUUCUAUUUAUUUAUUACAAUGGCACUAAGACAACUAAAUUGCAGACAUACGAAGCACCCUUACUGGAGUUUAGCAUUGGCUAGGUUGUUAAGGAGGUCGGCAAUAUGGCUUUUCUGAUAAUCUGCUUUGCACUUGAAAGCUCUCUAUGUCCGCAGAAUGUGGUAAUGCAUUGACUGUCUGUUUUGUGGUGACAAGAGCUGUCAGGACAUUCGUUCCAAAAGAUUGUGGCUUACAACUGAAAUAACAUGUAGUUGUUUGGAGUACACAACGUUUAUCAAAAUAAAUAUUCAAUGCAAGUUUCUCAUUUUA